UAGCAGGUCCAGUGAAACAUUUCUGUUUUUUACUUUUCCAACAGGAAGGCGGGAAAUAGCACGGUUUGUCUUCUUUCUAGGGUUUCCGCCUCUCCUCUGUUUAGUUAUCGAUUUUGGUUAGUACCCCGACGAACUCAUCGGCGGUCCUCCGCAAGAUGAGCUUCGGCAGGGGUGCCAAGGUGUGGGUGGAGGACAAGGAAUCGGCAUGGGUGGAGGCCGAGGUUGUUGAGGUCAGGGAUAAGUCAUUCGUAGUCACGACGACACCUCGGGGGAAGAAGGUUUCAGUUUCCCAGGAGAAAUUGUUGCCAAGGGAUCCGGAUGCGGACCAUGGAGGUGUGGAUGACAUGACAAAGCUCACCUAUCUCAACGAGCCUGGAGUUCUUUAUAAUUUGGCUAGGAGAUACGCCCUCAAUGAGAUAUACACAUAUACAGGAAGCAUAUUGAUAGCUGUAAAUCCAUUCAAGAUGCUUCCUCAUUUAUACAAUGAACAUAUGAUGGAGCAAUACAAAGGUAUUCGGUUUGGAGAAUUGAGCCCACAUGUUUUUGCUGUAGCUGAUGCGUCAUACAGAGCGAUGAUGUGUGAAGGUAGAAGUCAGUCCAUUUUGGUUAGUGGAGAAAGUGGUGCUGGGAAGACUGAGACAACAAAGCUGAUCAUGCAAUAUUUAACAUUUGUUGGUGGUCGAGCAGCUUUUGAUGACCGUUCAGUGGAGCAACAAGUGCUUGAGUCAAAUCCACUUUUGGAAGCAUUUGGCAAUGCAAGGACUAUUCGAAAUGAUAACUCAAGUCGUUUUGGAAAAUUUGUAGAAAUCCAGUUUAACGCAAAUGGUAGGAUAUCUGGUGCUGCAAUUAGAACUUAUCUUUUGGAGAGAUCUCGUGUUGUUCAAAUUAGUGACCGGGAAAGAAACUACCACUGUUUUUAUCAGCUUUGUGCGUCAGGAAAGGUUGCAGAGAAGUACAAAGUUAGUCAUCCCAGCAGCUUUCACUACUUGAAUCAAAGUAAGACAUAUGAGUUAGAUGGAAUCAGCAGUGCACACGAGUAUUUAAAAACAAGAAGGGCGAUGGAUAUAGUUGGCAUAAGUCCUGAUGAUCAGGAAGCAGUAUUUCGUACCCUAGCUGGGAUUCUUCAUCUUGGAAAUAUUGAGUUUUUUCCUGGAAAUGAGCACGAUUCUUCAACAAUGAAAGACACAGUUUCAAAAUUUCACCUUGAGAUGGCAGCUCAGUUAUUCAUGUGUGAUCCUGAUCUUCUACAUGCAACACUAUGUACCCGCUCAAUCCAAACUCAUGAUGGAAUUAUUGUUAAAGCACUCGACUGUUCUGCUGCUGCAGCUGGCCGAGAUGCUCUAGCAAAAACUUUAUACGCCCAGAUAUUUGACUGGCUUGUUGAAAAUGUUAACAAAUCGGUUGGGCAAGAUCUGGAUUCAAUGAUGCAGAUUGGAGUCUUGGACAUAUAUGGUUUUGAAUGCUUUAAAAACAACAGUUUUGAGCAGUUUUGCAUUAACUUUGCUAAUGAAAAACUCCAACAACAUUUCAAUGAGCAAAAGUUGUAUGGGUUGAAGGUGCAAGAAGGUUCUGAUCUGGCGCAGCACGUGAAUGGCUUUAAUCAAAUAAUCACUGAUUUAUCAUGGCUUGAUCGGAAGCAGAAUGCAAGGGAAAGCUCUCACGGCGAUAGUUUAUAUAUUAAGGGUAAGCAGGAUCAUGGAAGGAAAAAAGAAAAAGAGGGUUCUGGAAGGCAAAAUUCUAGAUCAAAGUCCAAAGGCAAGAGGGAAAUUAAUUGCUACAAGUGCAAGGAGCCAGGUCAUAUCAAGAGAGAUUGUCCAAAGCUCAAGAAGCAAACUAGGAAGAAAGGUGAUACGUCAUUGAAAUAUGUAAAUGUGGCACAGAAUGACAGUUCAGAUUGCAGUGAUGGUGAUAUGCUUUCAGUUUUAUCAAAUCAGUUCACAGAUGCAUGGAUUCUUAAUUUAGGGUGUUCUUAUCAUAUAACACCUAACAGGGCGUGGUUUACUUCAUACAGACAUAUUUCAGAUCUUAAGAAGAACUUGAUUUCCUUGGGAACUCUACAUAGAAAUGGUUUUAUUCCUAAGGCAUAUGAGGAUAGGGAAACCAUCAGAAUUGUUAAGGGUGCGUUGAUGGUGAUGAAAGGAAAGCUAACUACAAGAAAUAUCUACAAACUGUUGGGGAAUAUAAUUGUAGGUGAAGUUCAUUCUGUGGAGUCAAAUGAUAACAGUACAAAGCUAUGGCAUACGCGUUUGGGUCAUCUCAGUGAACGUGGGAUGGCAGAAUUGCAUAGAAGUAACCUGUUGCAUGGUGUUAAAGGCUACAAGCUCGAUCUUUAUAAGUUCUGUAUUCUUGGAAAGUAG